AUGACAGUCGAAGUUCUAAUCAAUAAGAUAACUUUCUUUGAAGACGUGCUCUCAAUCUCGGAUACGUCUUUGAAACUAAUAGCAAAGCUCUCUCCUCCCAAAUCACUGAGUGCCGAAGUAAAAGGAAUAGUCUCUAUUGCAGGGACAGACUUAGAUGUGCAUCUUAGAAGAAGCGAACUCACCCAAAAGUACGUCAUCACCAUUAAAGCAGAAGUGCUCCCAAUCUUUGGGAUAGCAAAAGGCCUCGGUGCUGAUCUACUGCCCGGUGACCUUAACGCCAUCCUUGGGACAGGUUUUCAAUUUCAAAAUUUGGAUGCUGUGAUCGAGUAUCCUUUCGGAGUUACGCCACAGCAAAUACUGAUCUCAGGAACACCACAGUUGUGGGGACUAACGACUAUCCACAUCACUGCCAUUGGAGUAAAGUAUGGAGGGAGAGUGAAAAUCAUUCAAAAGUACACCUUUGGAGAGUUCAAUAUCGCCACUUCAUCAGAAGCUACUUGGAAUCUCCUGCACAAGAUAUUCAUUCUCGACCAGAAUACAGACAUUGCUUUUAUCGUGGCUCCAGUCUCGGUUCCGCAUGACUUAAUCAAACUCUCUGAGUUAAAAGGGCUCAGUAUUAGCAAAGGCAUAUCCUUCCGACUUCCCAUAGGCUUCCCUCCAGACUGUAGCAAAGAUGCAUUCUGUGCUGUGUGCCAGAGCAUACUUGCUCCUUCGCCAGUCACGGCACUGGAAUUGGAGGGAGAAUCGAAACUUGGCAAGAAAGUCCUUGUGGGAGUGCUAGACAGCAGAAGGCUACAUUGGUAUCAGUGUAGCCAAUCCAUUGAGAACUAUUUCUAUGUCAACAUGGGAAGCUCACUUUCCAGUCAUUUUUCGAUGCAUUUUGCAUCGGGGCGCCAAACUCCACGGCCGCUAGCUGAGAGUGGAUUCCAGAUGGUAUCAGAGCCUCCUUUUCACUUCUUGGGAAAGAAACUUCCCCAUGCUAGUAUAUCCAUUCCUGUCGGUUCUUUUCAAGACAUGAGUACUUCAAGCCUCCCCUACAUUGAGGCUAGUGGUUAUGCCGAGGUUCUCGGUAUGUCAGCUGAAAUCAAGAUACUCAUAUCAAGCUCCAAAUACGAGUACUCCAUCAAUGGAAAGUUCCUGAACCUGUUCUAUGUUGGACUCCGCAUCCAAGCUUCGUAUGGGAACCUUGCCAAUGCCAAUUUUGUGGUAGAAGGGUUGUUCAAAAAUGAUCUCUUCGACAAGAUUGCCGCCGGUGUGAGGGAUGGGUUGAAACGAUCUGCCGAUGAAGCCGACAGACACAUAAAAGCAGCUCAGAAUAAGAUAAGAGAGAAGAAAGAAGCUUUUUACAGGGCCGACCGAGCUCUUGUCCAUGCCCAGAGAAAGGUGGAUGACGCUAAGAGGGCAUUGACCACGCAAUUGCCAAACUGGAGCAUGCCCGACGCAGAGCAAGAAAUGUCUGCCACAUCAGGAGUUGUGGAUCAU